AUCAGAGCCUGCACCAUGGAGCCCGCCGAGGACAGUCUGAGCGCGGCCAUCCCGCUUCCGGAGCCACCCGACGCCCCGCAGUGGCGCAGCCCUGGGGGCCUGCGGGGAGCGCUGUCCCCGGACGUGCGGCGAGAGGCGGCCGCGCUGGCGGCGCUCGCAGGCCCGGUGUUCCUGGCGCAGCUGAUGAUCUUUCUCAUCAGCAUCGUCAGUUCCAUCUUCUGCGGACACCUGGGCAAAGUGGAGCUGGACGCCGUGACACUCGCUGUUUCUGUUGUGAAUGUUACUGGGAUUUCAGUCGGAACUGGCUUGGCCUCAGCUUGUGACACGCUGAUGUCUCAGUCCUUUGGAGGCAGGAACCUGAAGCGCGUGGGGGUCGUACUCCAGCGGGGCAUCCUCAUCUUGCUGCUCUGCUGUUUCCCUUGCUGGGCCAUCUUCCUCAACACUGAGCACCUGCUCCUGCUCCUAAGGCAGGAUCCAGAAGUCGCCAGGCUAGCCCAGGUUUAUGUGAUGAUAUGCAUCCCUGCUCUUCCUGCAGCAUUCCUAUUCCAGCUGCAGACACGGUAUUUACAGAGCCAGGGCAUCAUUAUGCCCCAAGUUAUUGUUGGGAUCGCAGCAAACGUUGUCAACGUGGGCAUGAAUGCAUUCUUGCUGUACGCCUUGGACCUCGGAGUGGUAGGGUCAGCCUGGGCCAACACCACCUCCCAGUUUUUCCUGUCUGCCCUGCUUUUCCUCUACGUGUGGUGGAAGAGGAUUCACAUCCACACCUGGGGAGGUUGGACAAGGGAGUGCUUCCAGGAGUGGAGCUCCUACACCCGCCUGGCCAUCCCCAGUAUGUUCAUGGUGUGCACCGAGUGGUGGACCUUCGAGAUUGGGACCUUCCUUGCAGGCCUUGUUAAUGUGACAGAACUGGGAGCCCAGGCUGUCAUCUAUGAACUGGCUUCUGUUGCCUACAUGGUGCCCUUUGGCUUUGGUGUUGCUGCCAGUGUCCGAGUGGGCAAUGCUCUGGGGGCAGGGAAUGCUGAGCAGGCCCGGUGUUCCUGUACCACUGUUCUUCUGUGUGCUGGUGUCUGUGCGCUCCUGGUGGGAAUUCUGCUGGCUGCCUUGAAGGACGUGGUUGCCUACAUAUUCACCAAUGACAAGGACAUUAUUUCCCUCGUGAGCCAAGUAAUGCCCAUUUUUGCUCCCUUUCAUCUGUUUGAUGCACUCGCAGGCACCUGUGGCGGGGUCCUGAGAGGUACAGGAAAACAAAAGAUAGGUGCUAUCCUGAACGCCAUUGGUUACUACGGGUUUGGUUUUCCUAUCGGAGUGUCUCUGAUGUUCGCUGCUAAACUUGGGAUAAUAGGCCUCUGGUCUGGACUGGUAGCCUGUGUUUUCUCCCAAGCCCUCUCCUAUUUAAUCUACAUCAUGAGGAUCAACUGGCAUAGAGUCGCAGAGCAGGCACAAGUUCGAGCUGGGCUAAAAAGCACCAAGGAGCCGACACCCACCCCAACAGAUCCGCCCAUCUUGGGAAGAGAAGUUACUGAUGGAGUGAUUCUGCCUGAUGUCAUCAGACCGGAGAGCCAGACUGGCCCGCUGGUAAUAGAAGAGAGCAGCCAGCAUGCAGUGCACACCAUCGGGGAGGUCCUGACGGGGAAACAGCUGAUCCUUUAUCGCGGAAUGGCUCUGGCUGUUUCUAUUGCUGUCCUCAUAGCGGGAAUUGUAGUUCGAGUUCUCAAUGAUCGUGGCUAAGAUAGGAUUAUCACCAGUCUGUGGACUGGUGAUAAUUGUGUGCCAUGUCCUGAACGUGGACAGGAGCUUGUUAAUGGAACAGACGUUUCUCUUAACUGUGGGUAGGAAGGCUGCCAGUAAGUGUCCGUGGUUACACUGAGAUACCGCCCCACUGUAGUGCAGGUAAAGAAAGAUGCAGUGUGCUUGCCUACUGUGUGUAAGGCCCUUGUUUGAUGCUCAGCACUAAGAUGUGUGUGGAGGGGGAGAUGAACAAAUGAAUGAAUGGUUGCCCAGAUUUGGGGGCGUGCUGGGGAUAGAGUCCACGGGCCUCAACUUGUGCUAAGCAAGAACUCUACCACUGAGCACACCCACGCCCCAGAAGCUCACUUCUAAGAAUGCUUUUCUCUUUAUCAUGGUUUCCGAAUACGACAGUUUGAUUUUUCCCUACUGUAAGUGUACUUUACUCUUCCACGCAUCCUCUGCUGCUGGAGCCUCACAGUGAGUGAAUAUGGGGCACCUGUUCUGCCUCUGUCUGGGUAUUGUGCCACACAAGCACUUACAAAAUAAAUACCUACAAUUUAA